AUGCCAGCCCCGUACAACACAAAUACCACAACAAUUGAACUAGUCACCGACUACAAAGCCCUAAUGAAAGACAAAGUCAUCCUAACAACAGGUGUAUCACCUGGCUCACUAGGCGGAACCUUCGUCCAAUCUCUCGCAGAGGCAGAUCCCGCCUACUUAAUCCUAGCAGGCCGCAACACCGCCAAACUAGAACAAUGCGUAAGCGAGCUACAUACCGCGAACCCAAAUCUCAAGACUCGCACUUUGCAAAUCGACCUGGGGUCAUUGAAAAGCGUCCGCAGUGCAGCAGAGCAAGUCAACAGCUGGACUGAUAUCCCUACCAUCGAUGUCCUUGUCAACAACGCCGGUAUCAUGGCCACUGAAUACGGUCUUUCAGAGGAUGGAGUCGAAUCCCAGUUUGCGACAAACCACCUUGGGCCAUUCCUUUUCACGAAUUUGGUUAUGGGCAAGAUCCUCAACUCUGAGGCCCCGAGGGUUGUUAUGGUUACUAGUGAUGGGCAUAGGUUGAGUCCUAUUCGGUUUGAUGAUUAUAAUUUCGAUGGUGGCGAGACAUACAACAAAUGGGCAGCCUAUGGCCAGGCUAAAACAGCCAAUAUGCUAAUGGCACUUUCGCUUUCCUCCAAGUUGGGUGUCAAAAAUGGUCUGCUUGCGUUCAGUCUGCAUCCUGGUGUGAUCUUUACCAAUCUUGGUAGUCAUCUUGAUUGGAGUGGCGAUGUCGGACUGCAAUUCAUCGAUAGACAACUGGGAAACCGUGAGGGAUGGGCUGAGUUCAAUCCCAAGACGCUGGAGCGUGGUGCUGCUACUCAUAUCUAUGCGGCAUUUGAUCCUGCUCUUAAAGCAAACAAUGGCGCCUAUCUUAUUGACUGCCAUGUCGCUGACCCGCUGAUUGAUACUGUCAAGCCAUGGGGGACAAGCCAUUUCGAGGCGGAGAGGUUGUGGAAGUUAAGUGAGGAAUUGGUUGGUCAGGACUUUGCUUACUAG